AUGGAGAAGAAGGAUGCAGAUCUCAAAGCGUCUGAUCGAGAAAACACGAGUCUUGAACACCAGCUCGACCAAAAGUCUCACGAGAUCGAUCAGUUGAAGGAACAGGUGAAUGGCCUUCAAAUUCAAGUCAAGGAAGAAAGAGAAAGGACCAACAAGGAUCGGGAUACAAGCGAGGAGAUGCAGAAGCUUCAGGACGAGAACGAGAGUCUGAAGAAGCAGGCUGAAGAGGCUGAAAAGGAGAACAAAGAGAAGCUCAAGGAUAUGGUAGUCAAGGCCGAUGAGCAUUUUCAACUGCGCCAACGAGCUGAAAAGAGGAUACAAGAGCUCGAAUCUGCUCUUGAGACGCAGACUCGUUUGAGGGAAGAUGCAGUGGUCAACCAGGAGAGGGCCGAGGCGAUUUUCCAGGAUGUACUGAACCGAGCACGUCAGCAGAGGAGGGACUUCGAAAGGGUCGUGUUGUCGGCUAUGGUAUACGCAGCAUCUUGGGCAAUGCAGUGGGCAAUGCAGCCCCACGGCUACAUUCAACCCGGCCAAAUACUCCCAGUUCAGAACACCUAUCCAGGUCCAUUUCAACCUCCAGGUCCGGCUCAGAACAAUCAGAAUAUGUGUGGACCAUAUCGGAACUUUUCAGAUCCCCAUCCCGAGAUGUAUAGCGUCACAAACACCACACAAGUCACCAACGAAUCCCGCAUCUCUGAUAUUCCUCGAGAUAAUAAUCCUGGACCUUCACGUCAACAACAUCAGAACUCUUCAGGUCCCCGUACUAGGGUGGAUAGCACUACAGACACCACACAGGAUAGCGGUUCAUCCAGCAGCUCUGAUACCCUUCGAGAUAACACUCCUGAGCCUUCACGACAGCCAAAUCAGAACUCUUCAGGUCCCGAUCCCAAGGCGAAUAACACCGUAAACAACGCAAAGAACACUAAAGAGUCCCGCAGCCCUCGCAUCUCUCGGAACAACUAUCCUGGACCUUCCUCAUGCGGGCCUACAAUUGUCAACAGCGUCAAUCUCGAAUACAUCUGGUAUACAGAUCCGGUAGACGACAAGCAUUGCGAGACUAUCAGAGUCUCCAGAGGGAUGGAGAACAAUGUGGCUGCCAAAGUUCCUUGUCUCGAUUAUGUCUGGGCGGCCAACGUCGACAAUUUGCAAGGUAUGAUCAAUCUGUACAACCACACGCCUGGUACCAAGGCGUCAAUCAUUAUGGUAAAACAUAUCGAUGCCAGGAUUACAGAGGAGGUGCGUUUGGAUUGGAGGUUGUUUGAGAAAUCCCUUUCUCAGCGUCCCUUUUCUCAGCGUCAGUAG